AUGAUUUUAAUAGAAGAAUUAACGUCUGAUAGUAUCAAAUCGACAAGGAGUGAAAAUGAAGAUUUCCAUACUGAUCCUGAAUUUCAAAGUGGUGACAGAUUGGAGACUGCAAUUCCCAUAAAUGAUGCUUUGAAAAGAUUGGUGACAAUAACCGGAAGGAAUGAAUAUGACAUUAGAAACAAAGAAGAAGAAAAAACUGAUGAUGAAAUUAAGGAUGUUAUCAAAAAUGGUGAUAGUAAUGAAAGAUUAGGAAAUGAUGGAAUUUUUUCGUAUGAACGAGAUGCAUAUCCACUUACGCAGGAAUCACAGGAAAAGUUAGUGGCACAUCAUGGAAAGAAGGCUGAAAAAACUAAGGACAAAGGAUUUCCAGUUAUGCUUGGUCAAGCUAUGCCUGAAAAAUGGCUCAUAAAAUCGCCGCAACAACCAACUGCGGAAAAGCGAUUUAAAAGUAUUAAAGAUAAUGAAGGUAAAUCAGCGACAGGUGACAAUUUAUUAUCGGAUAAAUUCUUCGAAACAGAUGGAGGUGUAGCAUUCGUAUCGACACAAAAUGCUGCAAUUACGACGACGCCUUUGUUCAGGGAAACAACACCGCUAUAUUGGGUCAUUCAAGAUCCCAGACUGAAAAAGAGAAGACGCAUGGAGUUUAGAAAAAAGAAUAAAUACGAAAAUAACUUGGAUCAUAGAGCAACAACGACAACAGUUACAACAACUGAGCCUCGUCUCAAAGCACACAUCGAUCGUCGCUUUGAGUUACCGUUGAUUGAGGAUAAAACAGUCGUAUUUUCAAUUACAAACGAUGCAAAGAUAACGGAAUAUCAAUGGAUUGCUUUACGUGACCAUUGUUCACAAAGAACAAUUCCGCUGCUAUCACUAAAAGGAAUUGAUCCACCGCAUGAGGAGAAAAUUGGUGCGCUAUUGGGUCAUUCUCACAACGUUACAUCAAAUCGUGUGCAGAUUUUGAAUUGCAAUACAAUUUUCAUACCAGGUUUUGUAUUCAAUCAAGGAGACGAUCCACCAGAAACAUAUUUCUAUGCUGGUAUUGGCCAUUUUCCGGAUAGAAUCGAAAAACAAGUACGCGCCUAUGUUGUUGGGCAACCACCUGAACAACCGUUAAGAAAUUAUAACGGUGAGGAUGUGAUGAUACGUCUACCGAAAACGUACCGCACAUUUGAUAUUGACUUCAUUUCGGUAUUCAAUGAAAUCGAAGGAUACUCGUAUGGACACGUUAUCACGCCAAGCUUACUUGUACCACCGUGUAAUGAUUAUGAUGAUAUCUAA